AUGGCUGCUACAGGUGCUCAAUUAGGCUCUUCUUGUGCUUUGACUACUCGGAUCUCACUCCGAUGGGUCCCCGAGAUACCAGAAGAGACCACUGAUACCAUCGUCCUCGGUGUGGGCGAGUGGUUCGUCGACCUUCGAAUGGAUAAGGAAACAGGCCAAAUUGACUGGGCAAUGGCCGGGACUAGAAUUGAAAAUACUCCCAACAAGAUACCGCUUAAUGUAUCUUUCACUCGCGAGCUUGAUUCUUUAAAUGAAAUCGGAAUGGUUGAUACAGUUGAUUUCAGCCCUUUGCCUAAUGGUGAUGAAUUGGAGAGUGGUCAGAUGCCCCGGGUUGAUCUUCCAGGUGAACCUAUGACGACUUUCGAGGAGGUCUGGCGGGAUGCACCAUUCAUUGAAGGUCCUGAGGGAGCUCGAAAGGGUAUUUCCUGGAUUCUUGAGUCGAGCCAUGAUGAGCUGAAGGAUGAGCAAGAGGGAGAAGUGACUGUUAUCAAGAAGUUUUUGGGUCGGAUCUGGGGAACCUAUCUGGCGUUUCAGCAGGUUCAGACUCAUUCUAAGGAGAAGAGUGCGGAUGGUAAGCUUUCUGUUAAGCGGACCGGGACUGAGGUCAGUGCCAGGAGAGAAGAAUGGAACGGCUCAGAAUGGGAGGGAAAGUACGUUCUUGGACCUGAGGUGGAUGCUGUUCCUUCUAUGAAGACUGGAUUUGAUGGAGAGGGGCAGGGAGCUUGGAGAGUUCCAGGGGCAAAGGUUCUGAUUGGCGGGGUAUCAUAUAUUGUUCGGGCAUUUGAAGAGAUCUGA